AUGACUACCCCAACGAUGGAUGACACCGUGCCCGACACUACCGUGUCAGCCGAUGAGGCUGCGCUUCGAAAGCAAGGCCACAAAGGCGAACUCCCUCGCCAGUUCUCCGCCUUCUCGGCUCUAUCGCUGGCGUUUGUCAUUACCAAUUCCUGGAUCGGAUAUGCGGCUGUAUUCGUGACGCCUCUCCUGGCUGGUGGAGGUCCUGCAGUUUUCUGGGGCGUCAUCGUGUCCUUUGUCGUUUGUACACUCAUCACUCUCGGUAUGGCCGAACUGGCUUCUGCCUUCCCAUCCAGUGGAGGCCAGUACCAUUUCACCUUCAUGGUGUCGUCUCCGAAGACGAGAGCGGCUGGAGCCUUCGUCACAGGCUGGCUGAGUGCUCUUGCAUGGUGUUUGACUGCGACUUCAGGCGCGAGUUUCACUGCUCAGAUCGUCAUGGCGAUUGCCUCCUUUGACAAUCCCAACUACGUCGCAGAGCGUUGGCAGGUCUAUCUAGUCUUCCUUCUCAUCACGAUACUCGCAUGCGCCAUCGUCUGCCUGCUGCCGAAGCUGCUGCCUAAGCUAGAGGAGUUCUUCUUCUGGUGCAGUAUCCUAGCAUUCCUGGUCACGUCCAUAGCCUGCGUCGCUAUGAACAAGAACAAGGAGCCCGCCAGCACCGUCUUCACCACGUACACGAACCAAACUGGUUGGAGCGAUGGCACGUCUUUCAUGAUUGGACUGGGCUCGUGCAUGUACAUCUUCGUCGCCACGGAUGCUGCAACCCAUAUCGCAGAGGAAGUCCCCAACCCUGGCCACAACAUCCCACGCGUGAUGUGGAUGACCCCUCUUAUCGGUAUCGUCACGACCCUCCUCUUCCUCCUUGCGACUCUCUUCUCCGCGACCGACCUAGACGCCAUCUCCGCCUCAGCCCUACCCAUCCUCACACUCUACAGCCAAGCCACCAACAGCACGCCCGCCACCAUCUUCUUCUCCUUCUGGCUCCUCCUCAACUAUUUCGGUGCCACCAUUGGCUGCAUCACAACCUCAGGCCGUCUGACCUGGGCGUUUGCCCGUGACAACGGUGUCUGGUACUCCUCGCACGUCGCUAAAGUCGAUUCACGCCUCGAAACCCCCGUCGUCGCGACCGUGUGCUGUUCGAUCUUCAUCGCACUGUACGGCCUUAUUUACAUCGGCUCGACAACCGCGUUCAACAGCAUCGUGUCCAUGUCGAUCUUGUCGCUGAACCUGACUUACGUGAUUCCACAGGGCAUCGUGCUCUUCCGUGGCCGCGACAAAGUGCUGCCAGCGCGAGCGUUGAAUUUAGGACGGUUCGGACCAGUCAUCAACGCCAUAUCGUGCUUGUGGGUGGCUGUGUACGUGGUGAUCUUUUGUCUCCCGGUUUUUGUGCCGCCAACGGUCAACGAUAUGAACUACCUGAGUCCUGUGGCUGUGGGGAUCGUCUUGUUGAUUUUGGUCGCUUGGUAUGGUGGAAAGAGGAAGACAUUUACCGGGCCGGUAAGUCAGAUCCCCUCUAAGCUGAGAGCGAGACUAAUGAGAGAAAAGAACGUUCAAUUCGACCAAGGCCUGGUGACCGAAGGUGUUUCACUUGCAGGCUCUAGCGAUGUGCCCGUCGCUGAAGGUGAAAAAACCGCGCAGACCGAGUCCAAAGGAUAA